GGUCCGACUCUGUGGUAAUUGUCGUGUGGCGCACUUGUCCAACUUCGUCCGGUGUCAAAAGCAGACUUACCGGAGGGAGUUACCGGCGCGGUUUCAAAGCUCAUCUCGGUGGGAGUUUGUUCCAGGAGGUAACGGAGGCGAGAAAUUACCGGAUCUGAAACUUUUUCCACCUCAGAAAACAGUUUAGAAAAAAAAAAUGGCAGACAGCGUGGAGCAUGAAGUCUCUUCCACCACUCCUCUGUUCAGUGAGGAGGUGCACCACUACCAGGCUGAGGCCGAGCCGGACUCCGAGCUGGACAAGCCCAAACAAGACCUCUUCAGCGUGGAUGAUAUUGUGGACCUGGUCGGCGGGGCUCAGGACGCCUUGGACCGUCACAUAGCUGAAGAUAGUGCGCCACAUGCGUUCACAGAAACUCCCACCGCUCCUGCAGAGGACCCAGUAACGUUACCAGAGUCUUUCCACGUAACGGAGCCGGAGCCAGAGCCAGUGUCAGACCCGAAACCAGUGUCAGUACCAGAGGUAAAGAAACCUGAACCAGAGCCUGAGGUAGAGACUGCAAUCCCAGACUCCACCAGCCUUUCUUUUGUCCCUGAGAGCCCUUUAAUUGCCGAGGAACCCGAAGUUGUCGCCCCCAAAGUCGAACCGGAGAGUACAAAGAUCGUACCGGAGCCACAGGCUGCCCCCGAGCCAGAACCUUCCCCGGCGAGCGACGCCCUCCCAGUGGCUGAACCCCGGACAGCAGCCCCAGCCCCCGCAGAGGCAGCAGAGCAACCUGCGGUGACAGAGGAACCACCGGCUCCAGCAUCGUGUCUUCUUCAUGGCUGGAAACUAAACCUUGACAGCAGAGAUGUACCUUCUCCUUCUAAAGCUCAGCCUCAUCCUCUGAUGCAAUUCCCUACAGUGGUGGAUCUCCUCUACUGGCGUGAUGUGAAGACCACGGGCGUGGUGUUCGGCGCCGCUCUGCUGCUCCUCCUCUCUCUGAUGGUGUGCAGCAUUGUGAGCGUCUGCUCCUACAUCGGCCUGGCUCUGCUCUCCGUCACCAUCUGCUUCAGGAUAUACAAAGGCAUCCUGCAGGCCAUUCAGAAGUCAGAUGAGGGACACCCAUUCAAGCAGUACCUGGACCAGGAGGUGGCACUGUCCGAGGACAUGGUCCACAAGUACAGCGACAUGGUUCUGGCCAAACUCAACAAGACCCUUGGUGAAUUAAGACGCCUGUUCCUGGUCGAGGACCUGGUCGACUCCAUCAAGUUUGCUGUGUUGAUGUGGAUCCUGACCUACGUCGGUGCCUUGUUCAACGGGCUCACUCUUAUUAUUCUGGGUCUGAUUGCAGUGUUCAGCUGCCCGAUCGUCUACGAGAAACACCAGGCUCAGAUCGACCACUACCUGGCUCUGGUCAACAACAAGGUUAAAGAUGUCGUUGGAAAUGAUGAGGCAGCGGGGGUUGGUGGGGGAGGGGGGAGGGGGGCUUGUACUACCAUUUAAAAACGUCAUUGCUUCUGAGUAACUCUAGCUAGAAACACCUAGAAAACCUUUGCCAGACAAAUAAAACACAUUACUUACAUAAAAGUCGUUAUUUCCAUGUCAUUGCAGCUGUCUAGUAAUGAAAACUCUGGAAGAAACACGUUUACAUUCAUCCACAUCAGAUAAAAUAUUUAAAAAGUGGAAAAAAAAAAUGAAAUGGGAUUUAAAGAAAAAAAUAACCAUACUGUCUGUGGAGCCAAUAUCUUAAUAAGUUGCAACUUGAUGUGACUUUGGGAAACCUUCAAGCAUUUGUUUGUUAUGCAAGUAUAAUUGUGAAUGAUAAACUUCAUACUUCAAUUGUGACGAUAAAAAGCUUCCAGCUGGGAGCCGUGUUUGUGGAAUGCAUUGUGAGAUGUAAACAAUUAUCAAUAAAGCUUCUAGACGAAGAAA